UUAAAAAUCUUUUUAUUAGCUUACUGGCUUUAAAGUAGAAAAAACAAAGGAGAAGAACAAACUUCCUGAGAGGUUUCAAAUGAUAUAACUUUCACAUUUCGCAAUCCUGUCUGAUAUUUUGCAAUUUCAAUUUCAUGGGCGUAUUUGAUUGCGUGUCUCCGGUUCUCUGCUGGAGACAAUUCUUUAGUCUUUCUGGAAAGCAAGCUUUUGCGUCAUUACGGCAUUUUAGGAGACAUGUAUACAUAUCAUAUUUCCUUGUUAUCAUCUGUAUCCACAUUUCUGUCAGUCCAUACUCCAUACCACUAUAUAUAAUUUAGCUGCUCAAAUAGUAUACAGCCAAUUGAAUUGGCAAUUCCUCAUUUAUCGUAAUGCUGUUAUUUCCUACCGGCUUAACUAUUCUUGUAUAUUCAAGUGGGUUCUCCUCACUUAUAGUUUAUUCAUAUAUAUGCCCGCCUUUGAUUAUAUAUUUAAAUCUAAUCGCAGUUACGUCAUGAAAAUGCCAAACUAUUUACAACGUCAGCACCAAGAUUGUUGAGAACUUUAUAGGUGGCUAAGGAUAUAACGCAGUUUUUUCACAGGAUGCAUGAUGUUGCAAUAAAUGAUAAUAAUAAGUUCCGCUUACGAAACUUGAAAUUAAGCGUUACGUUUGAAGUUUGAUAGAAUACAGUCGCAUUCUUCGCCCGUCAUCCAAAACGAUCAACAAACAUGAAGCUAAGCGCGUACCAAAUCAUUCUCGGUUUACUUUUGUUAAAGGACGGCAAAUGCUGUCCGGCGGGGGAAUUUUACAGUCAGGAUAUACCUGGCUGUGUGCUUUGCCCUAGGAAUUGUGGGGAGCAAGACGCCCGUGACAUUUGGAGAUGUCGACAGGCUUGCGAGAAGAAAGCAACAUUACCACCAAGUACGCCGACGACUGAAGUUCAGAAACAUACGGCAUCAGGUUCUCCCACCAUCGAAGUUGAAAUUUUUUCGACCACCUCAGAGGAAGGAGAGACGAUUGAAAACGGAACGUCUCGUGGAGACACAAAAGUGGUAGAUUUUGCAGAGAAUCCUGGCACUCCAAGCUCGAAAAGUUCCUCUUCAGUCUUGCCAAUAAUCAUUGCAGUUCUAGGGACGCUUUUACUUUGUGCAAUUAUCGUUUUCGUGUACAAAAAAGUCGACCGGAAAAAGGUCUUCUCACGGCAGGAGACAUCAAGCGAGGAAGAGCCAAUCAACGCUCCGGGAUCCAGGUCUGUGAUGAUAAAGUGCGAAAUUGGACCAGAUGACCGCAGCACUGAAAAGGAAAGAACAAUCGUUGCCGUAUACGAGACUAAAGAAGCCGAACGAAUUAGACUCACAGAGGCAGAAUUAAAGCAGUAUUUUGUGUCGAAUCUACAUCUCGACGAAACUGAAGUGUAGGAAUUAUGUCAGCAGGAAUUAUAGGAAAUAUAGAUAGGAUUUAUGUAUAUAUAGGAAGUAUAGGAAUUGUGCAUUGAAAUUAUAGGAAUUAUGGAAUAGGAUUUAUGUCAAUGAAGUAUAUAGGAAUUAUGAAAAACCUUUUCAAACAGCUUCUGCCGUUAAAGUGCUGGGGUUGGAUGUAAAAAAACUCUAACUGCAUUUUCAGUAGUUAUGUCAUAGUUAACUAGAAAAUACAUUCUGAUUGGCAAUUCUGCCACUAGUUAUAUAUAAUUAAAAGUUAACGACUUUUUUAUACAACCGCGGCCCCAAGAUGAUCAAUUUGAUAUUCUGAAACCGAAAUCCAACGCCGGUCAGUUUAAGAUCGGUUCAGUGUAAAUAUACUAAAUUGUGUAUAUAGUUAGUAUAUAUGAAAAAAAAAACUUUUAUG